ACGCUUCUCCGCUGAUCCGACGCACAGUGUGCCCAUAAGGCCCAUUCGAAGUAUACUUACGAGAGCGCGCGAGGCCUAGCCUGGCUAAGCUGAGCUAAGCGAGCGAGCGAAGCGGUCGACCGAUCGAGCGAACCAAGUGGGACCGUAGAAAAUAAUUGGAGGUGGGGGCUGAUUCAAGAAUCGACGUGGACACCCUCGCCUUCCAAAGUCAUUCACCUAACGGUCAUCGUCGCGUCAAGAAUCUUCUUUUUCUUCUUCUUCUUCUUCCUUCCUUCCUCUUCUUCUCCUCGUUCUUUUCCUUCCGUUAUCCGGCUGGCCAAAAGGGAUUCCCUGAUCGCGCGGGAUCGUUGAGUCUUUUCCUCCGAGCAUCGAUAAAGUGGACUUGUUUUCGCUUCGAUCGAACCAAGUGACAGCAGUGAGAAAAGAGACUGUUAUCAGUUUGCUUGGUUCCUUUCUGGACAUCUGUGUGAUCAGCCGUUUGAUGGAACAGUGGGAAGUGUCGAGAAGGAUUCGAUGUGUUUAUCAGUGAACUGAAUCGAGGAGUUUCGAGGUAGCCGACGGUAUCCGGUGGCUACGAUCGGAGUGACCAGUGUCGCGGAUAUAUUAUUCGCAACGUUAUGGUGACAGAGUGUCGGAUGCUGUGGGGUACAAAUUGAGAAACGGACCACCGUUGAUGAUCCUCGUGAAGCAUUGAACCUCGUCGCAUUUAAGAUGAAUCAACAGUGCAAGGUGUGCGGCGAACCCGCGGCCGGCUUCCAUUUUGGUGCAUUCACCUGCGAGGGUUGCAAGUCGUUCUUUGGGAGAUCAUACAACAACCUGAGCAGCAUUUCCGAGUGCAAGAACGGAGGCGAGUGUGUCAUCAACAAGAAGAACCGAACCGCCUGCAAGGCUUGCCGUCUACGAAAAUGCUUGCUGGUAGGCAUGUCGAAAUCGGGCUCGCGUUACGGACGCAGAUCGAACUGGUUCAAAAUUCACUGUCUACUUCAAGAACAACAGCAGCAACAACAACAACAGCAACACCAUUACCAACAGAAUCUCCCCAGUCAACAACUAGCGCAACAGCAACGAAAACCUAUGAGCCCACCUAUCGGUAUCCACGCGGGUCAACGAAAGGACGACGUUCUGAUGCUAGGUCUGGAUGACUACAAAAAUUCAACAUCACCCAGUAUCAGUUCUCCAGAAUCGCAUAACAGCGACAGUUCUGUAGAGAUAUCCGAGAGACGAGCCGCGUUCUCGGGUCAUCCAGGAUUUAGACCGUUGCAUUCUCACCUGCAGCCCUCUGUGGCUGAACUGUCCGCGCUCAGCAAAGAGAUGAUGAGCCUACCACUUGGUUUCCACCUUGGUGGCAUGUCUCUGAUACCACCAGCUUUUCUGCCACCACCGAGCCUAACAAUGUUCUCUCCGUAUCAUUUGUACGCGACCUCCCACGGGGCUUCCCAUCCGUUGGUAUCUAACCAUUCGUCUAACCUACUUCGGCAUUCGCCAGUGAUCGAGGAUUGCACCGGUGCAACCACCACCGCGGCCACCACCGCCACAACAACCACCACUACCAUCAGCAUCGACACCAAGGAUCCAUGCGGGAAGAACAACAAUAAUAACAAUGACACAUACGCGCAUAAUCAUAACGUACAACCGUCGAGACGAAGCGCCUCCCCUAAUCCGGAGAUAGGAGAAACUUAUAACAAACGAUUCUACCUUGACGCUGUGUUAAAGAGCCAACGAACACGCGUCGCGGGUUCUCCAGUAGGGUCUGUGAAGCAACGUUCGGAGGACGGUUCUCCAGUUUGCAGUCCAAAACCGGAGACCGAUUGUCCACCCCCGCAGGACAAUCCUAUAGACCUGUCCAUGAAGUCUACUCUGACUGCUACGAGCGAGGAGAACGAGGAUGACGAGAUAGACAUGGAGAGCGUGAGUGACAGAGACAGCCCUCCUGUCAAGAAGAAACCAGCACCCAUAGAUCUGACAACGAAAUCCUAGGAGGUUCAGUUGGGUUCGUAGGUGAAGCUGAAGUUCGC